GGAGUGACUACAACUCCCAGAAGGCUGCGCAGCUGCAGCAGCAGGCGCUUUAGUUCCCAGGACAACCCGGGCCCUCGGGCGGAAGCGGGAGUUUAUGGUGGCCGCUGGAAUCUAGAGCGGGCGUUGCGGAGACUUGCGCGGUGAGACCCGCGGUUGCCGCGUCUGACCCUGUCUAUCUCCUCACCCUGCGCCGGGCAGCCAUGAAAGACUCGUUGGUGCUGCUGAGUCGUGUCCCGGCGCACCCGGACUCUCGCUGCUGGUUCCUAGCCUGGAACCCCGCCGGGACCCUGCUGGCUUCGUGCGGUGGCGACCGGAGAAUUCGCAUUUGGGGCACCGAGGGUGAUAGCUGGAUCUGCAAGUCUGUCCUUUCUGAAGGCCACCAGCGCACUGUGCGGAAAGUGGCCUGGUCUCCCUGCGGUAAUUAUCUGGCUUCUGCCAGCUUUGAUGCUACCACUUGCAUUUGGAAGAAGAACCAGGAUGACUUUGAGUGUGUAACCACCCUUGAGGGCCAUGAAAAUGAGGUCAAGUCAGUGGCUUGGGCCCCAUCUGGCAACCUCCUGGCCACCUGUAGCAGAGAUAAGAGUGUGUGGGUCUGGGAAGUUGAUGAAGAGGAUGAGUAUGAAUGUGUCAGUGUCCUCAACUCACAUACACAGGAUGUUAAGCAUGUGGUUUGGCAUCCAAGCCAGGAGCUGUUAGCCUCUGCCAGCUAUGAUGACACAGUGAAGCUCUACCGGGAGGAAGAGGAUGACUGGGUAUGCUAUGCUACUCUUGAGGGCCAUGAAUCCACCGUGUGGAGCUUGGCCUUUGACCCCAGUGGCCAGCGCCUGGCAUCUUGCAGUGAUGACCGGACUGUGCGCAUCUGGCGCCAGUAUCUACCAGGCAAUGAGCAAGGGGUGGCAUGCAGUGGCCCUGACCCCAGCUGGAAAUGCAUCUGCACUUUGUCGGGCUUCCAUUCCAGGACCAUUUAUGAUGUGGCUUGGUGUCAGCUGACAGGGGCCCUGGCUACAGCUUGUGGGGAUGAUGCCAUCCGAGUAUUUGAGGAGGAUCCCAACUCAGAUCCACAGCAGCCCACCUUCUCUCUGACAGCCCACAUGCGUCAGGCUCAUUCCCAGGAUGUCAACUGUGUGGCCUGGAACCCCAAGGAACGGGGUCUCCUGGCCUCCUGCAGUGAUGAUGGGGAGCUUGCCUUCUGGAAGUAUCAGCAGCCUGAAGGCCUCUGAGCUACAUUGACUUUGGACAAUGGGUCUCCAGAAUAUUCCAUAGGACUUCCCCAUCCCCUGAGAGGCCUUGGAGUAAUGUCCUUGACUUUUAUUUAACUUGGCUGGCUUCUGUUUGGACUUGGGUAGAAGCACAGACUAUAGAACUUUCCCCUCCUUUUACCUGAGAGCCUUUUAUAAAGGGCUACAGAAUAU